GUUUGCCUCAGAAAAAUUUGGUUGAUUCAACAGAAGUACUUUAUGUCUUAUGAAUGUAGUGACAAAAAUGGUUCAGCAGGUUCCAGAAAACAUCAAUUUUCCUGCUGAAGAAGAGAAAAUCUUGCAGUUUUGGUCCGACUUUAAUUGUUUCCAGGAAUGCUUAAAGCAAUCAAAACAUAAGCCAAAAUUUACCUUCUAUGAUGGGCCUCCUUUUGCAACUGGACUGCCUCACUAUGGGCAUAUACUUGCAGGGACAAUUAAAGAUAUAGUUACAAGAUAUGCUCACCAGAGUGGGUUUCACGUUGACAGAAGAUUUGGUUGGGAUUGUCAUGGUUUACCUGUGGAAUACGAAAUUGAUAAGACCCUGGGAAUCAGAGGACCAGAGGAUGUAGCCAAAUUGGGAAUUGCAGAGUAUAACAGUCAGUGCCGAGCAAUUGUGAUGCGAUACUCUACUGAAUGGAAGUCUACUAUUACCAGGCUUGGCCGAUGGAUUGACUUUGACAAUGACUAUAAAACUCUGUAUCCACAAUUCAUGGAAUCUGUCUGGUGGAUCUUCAAACAACUCUAUGAUAAAGGCCUUGUUUAUAGAGGUGUGAAAGUCAUGCCCUUCUCCACUGCGUGCAAUACUCCCCUCUCCAACUUUGAAUCUCACCAGAAUUACAAGGAUGUUCAAGAUCCUUCAAUAUUUGUAACUUUCCCUUUGGAGGAAGAUGAAAAUAUUUCUCUGGUUGCCUGGACAACUACUCCCUGGACUCUUCCUAGUAACCUUGCCUUGUGUGUUAAUCCCGACUUGCAAUAUGUGAAGAUUAAAGAUGCUGUCAGAGGAAAAUUAUACAUUUUAAUGGAAGCCAGAUUAUCAGCCCUCUAUAAGUUGGAGAGUGACUAUGAGAUCCUUGAAAGAUUUCCUGGUGCCGCUCUCAGAGGCAAGAAAUACAGGCCCCUAUUUGACUAUUUUCUAAAGUGUAAAGAGAGAGGUGCUUUUACUGUGCUUGUUGACAACUACGUGAAAGAGGAAGAAGGCACUGGGGUUGUGCACCAAGCUCCUUACUUCGGUGCUUAUGUGAANGAUUAUCGGGUCUGUAUGGAUUUCAACAUCAUUCAGAAAGACUCUCUCCCUAUUUGCCCUGUGGAUGCCUCGGGCUGUUUUACAGCGGAAGUGACAGAUUUUGCUGGACAGUAUGUGAAGGAUGCUGACAAAAAUAUCAUCAAGACUCUAAAGGAACAAGGUCGACUUCUUGUUGCCAGCACCUUCACCCAUAGCUACCCUUUCUGUUGGAGGUCAGACACGCCGCUCAUUUACAAAGCAGUGCCUAGCUGGUUCGUUAGGGUGGAGCACAUGGUGGGUCAGCUGCUGAGGAACAAUGCCCUGUGUUACUGGGUUCCAGAGUUUGUGCGAGAAAAGCGAUUUGGAAAUUGGCUGAAAGAUGCACGUGACUGGGCAAUUUCCAGAAACAGAUACUGGGGCACUCCUAUCCCACUGUGGGUCAGCAGUGACUUCGAGGAGGUAGUAUGUAUUGGGUCAAUAGCAGAACUGGAAGAACUAUCAGGAACAAAGAUCUCAGAUCUCCACAGAGAGAGCAUUGACCAUUUGACCAUUCCUUCACGCUGUGGAAAGGGAUUGUUGCAUCGCAUCUCUGAAGUGUUUGACUGUUGGUUCGAGAGUGGCAGCAUGCCAUAUGCUCAAAUUCAUUAUCCAUUUGAAAACAAGAGGGAGUUUGAGGAUGCAUUUCCUGCAGACUUCAUUGCUGAAGGCAUUGACCAAACCAGAGGAUGGUUUUACACCCUGCUGGUGCUAGCCACAUCUCUCUUUGGACGGCCACCAUUCAAAAAUGUGAUUGUGAAUGGACUUGUCCUGGCAAGUGAUGGUCAAAAAAUGAGCAAACGCAAAAAGAAUUAUCCAGAUCCACUUUCAGUCAUUCAUAAAUAUGGUGCUGAUGCCCUCAGACUGUACCUGAUUAACUCCCCUGUGGUGAGAGCAGAAAACCUCCGCUUUAAGGAGGAGGGUGUCCGAGAUGUGCUGAAGGAUGUCCUGCUCCCUUGGUUCAAUGCCUAUCGCUUCUUCAUCCAGAACGUCCUAAGGCUGCAGAAGGAAGAAGAAAUGGAAUUCCUUUACAACGAGAACAUGGUUAAAGAAAGUACCAACAUCACAGACCGGUGGAUCCUGUCCUUUAUGCAGUCGCUCAUUGGGUUCUUUGAGACUGAAAUGGCAGCUUACAGGCUCUAUACUGUGGUUCCUCGCCUGGUUAAGUUUGUGGAUAUUCUGACCAAUUGGUAUGUUCGGAUGAACCGUAGAAGAUUAAAGGGUGAAAAUGGGGUAGAGGAUUGUGUUAUGGCCCUGGAGACUUUGUUUAGUGUUCUGCUUUCUUUGUGCAGACUUAUGGCCCCCUAUACCCCUUUUCUUACUGAAUUGAUGUAUCAGAAUCUGAAGACACUGAUUGACCCUGUUUCUGUCCAGGACAAGGACACGUUCAGUAUUCACUACCUCAUGCUGCCCCAUGUUCGUGAGGAAUUGAUCGACAAGAAAACUGAGAGUGCAGUAUCUAGAAUGCAGUCUGUGAUUGAACUUGGCAGAGUGAUUCGAGACCGCAAAACUAUUCCAAUAAAGUAUCCUUUGAAAGAAAUUGUUGUUAUCCAUCAAGAUCUGGAAGCUCUUAAUGAAAUUAAGUCUUUGGAGAAAUAUAUCAUUGAGGAAUUGAAUGUUCGAAAAGUUACAUUAUCUACAGAUAAAAACAAGUAUGGCAUUCGCCUAAAGGCAGAGCCAGAUCACAUGGUCCUAGGGAAGCGUCUGAAAGGAGCUUUCAAGAUGGUGAUGACAUCCAUCAAACAGCUGAGCAAUGAAGAGCUGGAGCAGUUCCAGGAGAAUGGGACCAUUGUUGUGGAAGGCCAUGAAUUGCAUGAAGAAGAUAUCCGCCUCAUGUACACCUUUGAUCAGGCAACAGGUGGAACAACACAGUUUGAAGCACACUCGGAUGCCCAGGUUUUGGUUCUUUUAGAUGUCACCCCUGACCAGUCAAUGGUGGAUGAAGGAAUGGCUCGGGAAGUCAUCAAUCGUAUCCAGAAACUUCGCAAAAAGUGCAGUCUGGUUCCAACUGAUGAAAUAACAGUUUAUUAUAAAGCAACUUCUGAGGGAAAGUAUCUGAAUAAUGUUAUCGAAAGCCACACAGACUUCAUAUUUGCCACCAUAAAGUCUCCUUUGAAGCCAUAUCCAGUUCCUAUAUCAGAUGAAAUACUUAUUCAAGAAAAAAUGCAGUUAAAAGGGUCUGACCUGGAAAUUACACUCACCAAAGGAUCUGCCACGCCUGGUCCUGCUUGUGCAUACAUCAAUCUUAACAUUUGUACAAAUGGCAGUGAGCAAGGUGGAGUAUUACUUCUGGAAAAUCCAAAAGGAGAUAAUAGGUUGGACCUUGUAAAACUGAAGAAUGUUGUUACUAGCAUUUUUGGUGUAAAAAAUACAGAGCUGGCUGUCUUCCAUGGUGAAACAGAAAUAAAAAACCAAACCAACUUACUGAAUCUUAGUGGAAAAACACUGUGUGUGACUGCAGGAUCAGCGCUGUCUGUGAUUGACAGUCCUAGUACUCUUCUCUGUCAAUAUAUCAACCUACAGCUCUUGAAUGCAGAUCCACAAGAGUGUUUAAUGGGAACAGUAGGCACUCUUCUGCUUGAAAAUCCACUUGGGCAGAAUGGGCUCACCCACCAAGGUCUUCUGUAUGAAGCAGCCAAGAUGUUUGGCCUCCGGAGCAGGAAGCUAAAGCUGUUUCUGAAUGAGACUCAGACAGAAGAAAUUACAGAAGAAAUCCCUAUGAAGACUUUGAAUACGAAGACUGUGUAUGUUUCUGUGUUACCAACUACAGCAGACUUCUAACAUUCAGUUAUCUGUGGUUCAGUCAGCGUGUCCCUGGAUAUACCUGUUCUUCCCCCUGCCACUGAAACACACACAUGGACACAGACAUAUUGAAGAUGUUUCGUUCAGAUGCAUGUAUAAUAUACUGUUUUUUAUCUAAAAUCAAAAUGGAAUUGAUCAAAUGACUUGACACUUAACAGUAUUCACACUUAACCUUAAACACCUAUGCAUUUAUGUUGAGAGAAAGUUGGUGUUACCUCAGCUCUAAAAGGUAUGCUUCUAUACUUGAAAUUUUACGUAUAGAAUAUAGAAGUAGUUUAAAUGGUAUAGUGUGUGUCCACACACACACACUCAUAUAUUUAUAUAUAGUUCUGUGGCCUUUUAAAACUUGUGUGAAACCUCUUAAAGGAAUGGACAGUGUUGUAUAUUUUUUGCUACCUGGAGUUUCGUGGGUAGUCUGAUGGAAUAUUUUAAGUUUCAGUAAAUCAGAACAAUAAAUUUUCUCUCAGAUAAUAAAUAUGUUAGAAGUAAUUCAUUCUCCCAUCUUUAAAGGACUCAAAACUUAAUAGUUACUUCUGUAUUAAGACACUAGACUAAAUAUCUUUUUUUCCUUUUCGUUGAAAGAAAUUUAUUUCUAAAACUCUUCAGAUUACUUUUGAAACACAUUUGGCACCAAUUUAUUUCCAGGGCUAUGACCAUGUUAACGUCAGCAAACUAAAGAGGGUGAUUUGAAGCAAUUGUCCUAAUAGUUAAAUUAUGGUAGUAAACUAAAUAUCUAAUUUCACUUCUUCCCAAAAAUGCUGUGUCAAAGAAGUAGAUGCCAAGACAAAAUUAGAUAUGUAAGAAUCUAUUGGGAGAAGGGUAUCUUUCUCAUACAUGAAAGAUAAAGGGGUGGGUUUAAGACAAAGGUAGAGCCUUCAAAAAAGUCCAGAGUUAGGCAGAAAUGACCUGACUUUGGACCAUGUCUUGCUUAGUCAGUGACUGAAGGGGACUGUGGCCUCAGCACAAAUGUAUCCAUUGAUCUGAAAAUCCAGUAGCUAGAGGCUUGUCAGCCAACUAUACUCCCUACAUCAGAUUCUCCUGAAAGGAACUGUGAAUCGUGUGGCUCUAGCCACUAGAAUAAAUGCAUUCAAAUCCAAACCCACAAAGUUGGAGGAAACCACACAGGAUAACAAAUGUUGGCAAGGAUUGGAGAAAGGAGAACCUUUGUGGACUGUUGGUAGGAAUGUAAAAUGUUGCAAUCACUAUGGAAAAGAGUAUAGAAGUUCCUCAAAAAUUAAAAGUAGAACAGGUAUGAUUUCCAUGAUCCAGCAGUCCACUUCUGGGUAUAUAUCCAAAAGCAAGGUCUUGAAGAAGUAUUUGCAUACCCAGGUUCAUUGCAACAUAUUCACAGUAGCCAAGAGGGAGCAACUCAGAUGUCCACUCAGGGAUGAAUGGGACAAGGACGUGUAAUGUCAGUGCACAAUUGAACAUUGUGCAGUCUCGGAAAAGAAGGACGAGCCUUGAGGACAGGAAGCAAAGUGAAAUAAGCCAGUCAGAAAAAGAGAAAUGCUGUGUGAUUCCACUCGUAUGAGAUUAUCUAGAGUAGUCAGAUUCAUUGAAACUUAACACAGUGAUGGCUGCCAGGUGUUACAGAGAAGGAGAAAUGGGAAUUGUUUUAGUUUUGCAAGUUUUGAAAAGUUCUAGAGGUCUUUUGCACCAUGUGAAUAUAAUUAACAUACUGAACUUGAUCCUUAAAAAAUAGCUAAGUUGUUUUUUGAAUGUCAGAGGGUCAGACGCCAACCUGAAAGAGCCUCCAGUGGCCAAAGCUGGAACAGUUUGAACAAAAAUGCAAUUUAGUAUUGAAUUAAAAUCCAAAGUAUAAAAUAAACAUCAAUGAGUACAUGCUGAUAUAAAUGAUUGAGUAAAUAAAUGAGAGAGGUAACACAGAUCUUGGUAAAAUUCCACAUAAUUUAUAUAGAUGUUCCCUCUCAAGGUGGUACACCUUAACUCCCCAUACCCUGAGAAUGGGCCGUACUUCAUGAUUUACAUCAAAAGAGUAUAAAGUGUGGAAAGGGGACAAAAAGCAACUUCGCAGUUAGAAAACUGGCACACAUACCUCGGACAGGUCGGCAUCAUCAGUUAUGAUAGCAUAUACUCUUAAUAGGACUUGAUGAGAUUGUUACUUUACUUCUGUUGUCUUCCCAAGUGCUUAGAACCCCAGACUAACCAUGAGAAAACCAUAAACUCAAACUGAGAGACAUUCUGACAGUACCUGGCUCUGUCAGGUCAUCAAAAACAGGGAAUAUCUGAGAUAUUCACAGAUCAAAGGGGACAAAGCAGACAAAGGCUAAAUAGGAUGUGACAUCCUGGAUGUGAUCCAGGAACAAAAAAAUCUGAAGGGGAAAACUCAUGAGAUCCAAAUAAAGUAUGGAGUUUAGUUAACAGUAUUGUAUCACUGUUGGUUCAAUAAUUGUGAAAAUGUACCUGAUAAUCGCUUCUCGGCCUUUUGGCUAAGAUCAAGUGUGAAAAUGUACCAUGAUAAAUGUAAGAUGUAAGUUAGCAAUAGGGUAAGCUGGAUGUAGAGUGUGUGGAAACUCUAUUAAUAAGUGGAAGAAAAUUAAAUUUAAAAUUAUUUGUAAUAGCAUCAAAAACUGUGAAAUACUUCAGGGACAAAUUUGACCAAAGAUGUGUAGUACCUGUAUCCUGAAAAUUAUAAAAUAUUGCUUAGAGAUAAUAAAGCCUGUAUGAUUGAAA